GGUAAUUCUAGGUUAAACAUGGCGUCGUCCUCAUCGCUAGGACGCGUUUUGACUCUCUGCAAACAGUUUCAGAGCGUCUUCAGGAUAUCUCCAGCGUUGAGCGUCCAACAGUGCUCUGUAAAUUUGAAAAUCUGCCAGAACAACCUUCUAAGUAAGAAAUCCUCCCUGAUCGCCCCUUCUCGGCUCGCUCCUAUCAGCUGUUUAAGUCAGCAUCGAGCCGUCCACACGACCAUCAGCAGGAGAGGGCUGGAAGAGUUCUUCGAUCACCCUGAGAACUGGGGAGAGCCCACUGUGAAGUCAGGAGCUCCAUGGACAGCAAAACAGCUGAGGACAAAGAGCAACGAGGACUUACAUAAACUCUGGUAUGUGUUGCUGAAGGAAAGAAACAUGCUGCUGACACUUGAGCAGGAAGCAAAAAGACAAAGAGUUCAGAUGCCGAGUCCCGAGCGGCUGAGGAAGGUCCAGCGGUCCAUGAUCCGGCUGGAGACGGUGGUGAAUGAAAGGGAAACCGCGUUGCGCCUGCUGCAGACGGGACAGGAGAAAGGCCGGCCAGGAGCCUGGAGGAGGAACGUGUUCGGAUAUGAAUACUGGUAUCGUUUCAAAGAGUACGCAAUUCCCUGGUACAUGAAUAAAAGAUACAAGCGCAAGAAGUUCUACACGCCCCAUUUUGUCCAACCUCAUAUAAGGUUGCGUAUAGAGAAAUAUCUUCGGGAAAGGGCCAGGAAAGCAGACCUAAAGAAGAAAAGUUUGGCCAAAUUAAAGGAGAGGUUUCCUCAGAUGAAGCUUCCGUCUCCCUGAAUUUGCGAUCGUCUUCUGAGUUUGCUAUAUCUCCGCUGCCUGAAUCAGUUCAUGUAAUUGAUGUUCGAGCGCAUUCAGUUGUCCAGCGCUUAUUUGGUUCUACUAAAUAAACUAAGUUGUCUCGAUUGGA